AUGCCUCUACGGCCCAGCCUAGGCGAGGCUUCUCCCCCACUUCGCUUCAUCAAUCUUGAGAAAUGCUCCACCCUUGAGUCCGAGGCUGCACUCAUCACAUGUUCGGGGAAGAACCGCAUUGAGCAACGAUGGUAUUCUCACAUCACACUAGUACUACCCAUGGCAACUUUACCCGCAUGUAUAUUAGGCAUCUUUGGCUACAUCAGCCGUGCCGCAAUAACACACGCGCCUAUUCAAUCUUGCUCUGAUUGGUCAAAAUAUGUUCAAGACGAGAAAUGGCUACAACUUUUGGAGAACUCGCUAUUAGGAGUUCCCUCGGCCAAGCCAAGACACUUCCCACGAUGCACCAAAUGCAAUGCUACAUUGAUCUAG